AUGUAUUCAAUGGGUGUUCUCAUGUGGGAAGCAUAUUCAAAAGGUUCAAUGCCAUGGUCUAAAGUAGAAAAAGACGAUGAUGUCCGUACGAAAGUCACAAACGGUGAAAUAUUACAGCAACCCACUCAGUGCAGCGACGAGUACUGGCUUUUGAUGGUAAAGAUCAUGUCAAAAUUACCAAAAAACAGACCAAGAUUCGCUGAUAUAAAACGUGAUUUAAUAGAAACUCAAUUCAAAGCUACUCUGGCAAAACAAGCGCCUCCUUCUCCAAAACCAAUUGGUCAAGAACAUUUAUCGGCCUGUGGCCAACCCGAAAAAGAUUCUAAACUGCCUUCUACAAGCUGUGCCCAACCAGGCCAAAAAAUAGUACAUCUUUUCACAUCUAAACAAUCACAACCGGGGAUACCUCAACCAGGUGCCACCGCCAAAAAGUCGUGUAUUAUCGGUUAG